CGCGUUAUCUCUGCUCUUAGAGAGUGGAUCAUCUCAUUCAAACAGAGCACGUACCCGCACAGAUGUGUUCUAAGAUUGAAGAGUGUCACGCUGACACAUAGUGUCACGGAGGCAGAUUAAUUCAGACCUGAAGUAGCUUGUGUAUUCAUUUACAUAAAUUCUAUGCUGGGGGUCCAUUCGCUUCAUUUGGACCCACUAGCCAGGACAGACUUUGUCAGUGGUCUAUCAGGUCUCUGCAAGAAUGAACAAGUGGUAGCUUUCUGUCCAGCGUUUCCACGCAACAGCGGCUGUGAAGUGACGAAGCUCACGGAGGGAUACAUGCUGUUACAGAGUCCGACAGCACAGUAGAUGUGGUGUGGGUUUCAGUAGGACCCUUUGCGCCUUUUAAACCCAAUGGAGCGAAAGGAUGAUGGAGGUGAGGCGAUGGGGCGCUUGAUUCACCACGAUGGUGCUCCGGAGCCCGGUUCUCCUCCCCUUGUUAGUAAUCACUCAGGCAGCCCAUCGCAGGAGGAGCCCACCAUGAUGAGGAGGAGCGACAACUACUCGCCGGUCCCUAGCGAGGAGAAGAACCCAGAUGUGGACUUUGUUAACACAAAUCCCAGGAGCAGCGAGUCUAUACCAAUGAAAAUUCUUUAUGCGGACCCCUUCUCCCCACUAUACCCUGGGCUAGGCCCAUACUUUUCUGAUGGGUGUCGCCGGGUGGACUAUGUGUUGGCAUACCACAUCCUGAAGCCCAGCAGCGUCCCGCGCAGGUCAUCCAAAUUUGGCGACAACAACUUCAUCCGAAGGCUUCGCCGCAGCCUGAGUAUGAGAAGCAGCCGAGCCCCACUGCAGCCAAAGGAGGACCCGGAAAUUGCCGCCCAGGAGCAACGGAUGGACUAUCAUGAGGAUGACAAGCGCUUCAGACGAGAGGAGUUUGAGGAGAACCUCUUGGAGACAGGACUGGAGUUAGAAAAGGAUGAAGGGUGUAAGAUACCUGGAAUUGGGUUUUUGAAGAUCCAUGCUCCUUGGAAUGUUCUGUGUCGAGAAGCUGAGUUCAUGAAGCUCAAGAUGCCAACAAAGAAGAUGUACGAUGUGAAACAAGGAAGUAAUCUGGUGGAGAAGAUCAGACUCUUCAUUCACAAAGUCACAGCUCCACUGCAUCCAAAAGUAGAUGCCAACAGACCACAAACACGCAAAUCCCUCUCUCACCCUUUCUCAAGGGAGAAGCAGCAUCUAUUCGAUCUGUCUGACAGGGACAAGUUCUUCGACAGCAAGACCAGGAGCUCAAUUGUCUACGAGGUACUGAAGAGGAUAAGAUGCACCAGAGCCAAAUACUCCAUGGGGAUCACCAGUCUGCUAGCCAAUGGUGUCUACACGUCAGCUUACCCUCUGCAUGAUGGAGACAUCGAGGAGGUGAAUGCGGAACCUAAUGACAGGAAGCUGCUUUACCAGGAGUGGGCCAGCUACAGUGUCUUUUACAAGUACCAGCCCAUUGGACUCAUCAGGAAAUAUUUUGGGGAGAAGGUUGGACUGUAUUUUGCUUGGCUAGGAGUCUACACACAGAUGCUGAUCCCUGCAGCCAUCGUUGGAGUUAUUGUAUUCCUCUACGGCUGUGCCACUGUAGACAAUAACAUCCCUAGUAUGGAGAUUUGUGAUCCAAGGAACAAUAUCACCAUGUGCCCGCUGUGUGACCACGCCUGCAGCUACUGGAAGUUGGUGACUGCUUGUGGCACAGCCCGUGCCAGCCACCUGUUCGACAAUCCAGCCACUGUCUUCUUCUCCAUCUUCAUGGCCCUCUGGGCGGUGCUUUUCAUGGAGCACUGGAAGAGACGACAGAUGCGUCUCAACUACAUUUGGGACCUGACAGGCUUCGGCGAGGAGGAGGAGGAGGAACAUAAGGACCACAACCGAGCAGAGUAUGAGUUCCGGGUCAUGCAAAAAACAAUGAGACUGGAACAUACAACUCCAAAGGGGGAGAAGGUGAAGCUGACAUGUACAGACAGACUGCCAGCUUACCUAACCACUUUGGUCACAAUGGGCUUCCUAAUUGCUGUGACGUUUGCCAUAGUCUUCGGAGUCAUCCUGUACCGGAUUAGCAUUAAGGCAGCGCUGCACGUGAGCAACUCCCCUGCAGCACGGUCCAACAUCAGAGCCACUGUCAAAACCACCGCCGCCAUCAUCAACCUCAUAAUCAUCAUCAUCUUAGAUGAAAUCUAUGGCGCCAUCGCCCGCUGGCUCACCACACUGGAGGUUCCAAAGACAGACAAGAGUUUUGAGGAGCGCCUCAUCUUCAAAACUUUUAUCUUGAAGUUUGUCAAUGCCUUCACACCUAUUGUCUAUUUGGCCUUUUUCCGGGGCAGGCUUGUUGGGCGGCCUGGGAACUACUUGUAUGUUGUUGGAUCAUACAGAAUGGAAGAGUGUGCUCAUGCGGGCUGCCUCAUGGAGUUGUGCAUCCAGUUGUGCAUCACCAUGCUGGGCAAGCAGCUCAUCCAGAAUAACUUGUUUGAGAUCGGCAUACCGAAGCUGAAAAAACUGUUGCGGAAGAGGAAGUCAGACUCAAAGCAGGAGGAAGAGCUGACCAACAGCCUGCAUCGUCACGAGAAAGACCAACUAUUGGGUCCAUUUGUUGGCCUCAGCCCUGAGUACAUGGAGAUGAUAAUCCAGUUUGGAAUGGUUACUCUUUUCGUGGCCUCCUUCCCUCUGGCUCCACUCUUCGCUCUUCUGAAUAACAUCAUUGAGAUUCGCCUGGAUGCCAAGAAAUUUGUUAUGCAGCUGCGCAGGCCAAUUGCAGCUAAAGCCAAAGACAUUGGUAUCUGGUACAACCUUUUGAGAGGCCUCAGCAAGGUAGCAGUCAUUGUUAAUGCCUUUGUCAUCUCCUUCACCUCUGACUUCAUCCCUCGCCUGGUCUAUCAGUACAUGUACAGCCCUGAUGGCACCAUGCAUGGCUUCGUCAAUCACACUCUGUCUUACUUCAAUGUCAGUGACUUCCAGCCAGGCACAGAACCCAUGCAACCAAUGCACCUGGGGCAUAAUGUAGAACUAUGCAGAUAUAAGGACUACAGAGAGCCUCCCUGGUCCAGCACACCUUAUGAACUCUCCAAGGAGUUCUGGGCCAUUCUGGCAGCCCGCCUUGCCUUUGUUAUCGUCUUUCAGAACGUGGUGAUGCUUAUGAGUGACUUUGUGGACUGGCUAAUCCCAGACAUCCCCAAGGACAUCAGCCUCCAGAUCCACAAGGAGAAGAUCCUCAUGGUGGAGCUUUUUAUGAAGGAGGAGCAGGGCAAAAGACUUGCAGCGCGUGACAACCACAACCAGGAAAACUGCACCUCCACCUCAUCGGCUAAUCAAAGCCCACCACAGGCACGCUCACGGCCCAUCUCACAUGCCAACUGCUGUUAGACUGCUUGCUGUGGGAUAGGAGAAAAGCCAACCACUCAACUUGUAAACAAACUGUAAAUAAGUUGAUCAGCUGCUUAUAGCUAACUGGUAAUGGGUAAUGUGCAUCCUUCAACAUAUCUUCAUUUUGUAAUACAUAUUUUAGCUUUUGUUACAUUUAAAUAGUUUGGGAAUGUUUUCUGGAAUGACAUGACUUAUUUUGAAGAUUUCGCAUUAGAAUUACUUCAGCCAAUAAACUGGCUGUUUGUGCUUGUUUGUUUUCAACACUUUUCCCUUGUUAUUUUGAUACAUUUUUCAACAAGCCAGACAUAACCUAAUCAGGCAUUACCAAAAACCCAGGAAGUAGCAGAUUUGGUAUUAGUAGACAAUUACUCUUCCACAGGGUUUAUGAUCACAAAACAUUAUUUAUUGGAUGUAAUUAAAAGGAACAAGCCAUUAUCUUCAUAAGACUCGGGGGAAUUCACUCGUUGAUGAGAGCAUUCAGGAUGUCUGAGACAUUACACUAAACUGCAACCUAAUAUGAAUCAUAUUUUUGAGCAUGGAGAUACCUAGCAACUAAAUGCAGCUUUUGUAUUGGAAACUGCCUGUCAGUCCGUCAACAUAGUCUUGAUAUCUUAUGGUUGAGACACAAAACCAAUGAAUACUAUCAAUAUAAACAGCUCAGACAGGCCUUUUUCUGUUUUGCACAAUUCUACACAAAUGCAGGAAUUUAUGGAUGUUUUUCUUUAAUAUGCAACAUGGUCAGGCACUUGUGCUUUGGUUGUUUGGACACAGGUUUUGAAGGACCAGAACCAGCCUGUUGAUUUGUACUAUUAUCUUGUGUGAGCGCCACAGUGCUUAUUGUUGAACAAACAGCCUAACAGUGCUCAGUGGCAUUAUUCCUAAAAGCACAAGUCAUAAUUAUUCAUUAUAAUGAACUGGAAUUAAAGCUGAGAUUGGUGGGUUCAGACUUACAAUAUAAAUACAACGGGAUGUCAUGAUGUCCACAGAGUCAGAAAAUUUUAAUAAUUCCAGUAGUGUUUCCUGUGUUUCACCUGUAUGAACUGUAUUUUGUCUUCAGCGGAACUGCAUAAAACAAGCAUAUAACACUGACAUCUUAUCAUCUUAUAAAAUCUGAUGAAAGUAUUUGCAAAACCAUUUUCAUGACCAACACAAAUAAUCAAUAACAUUCAUAUGUAUAUAUAUAGUGUCUAUCAGUCAAGUAAUCACUUUAGGCCAUUCAGUUUAGUUUACCUCUUAUUAACUUGUAACUAGCAGAGUAUUUACUACUAUCUCUCUGCAGUCUGGUGAUGAGCAGGAACAAUUGUUUUCUCUCUUAGUGUUUUUGAAGCUUGCUGCUAUUGGAAAUUAGUUUUAAACUAAAAUACUCUCAAAUACUGUGUAGAGCUAAAAGGUCCAGUGUUUAAGACUAAGGUGAAGGGGAUUUAUUGGCAGGAAGUGUGUUUCAUCUUAAUUGUACAAAUUGUUGUUUGCUUUACCCUAGACCCAUCCCUUUUAUAUUUAAAUACUUUGAGGAGCAGGUCCUGUCUACGGAGGCCACCAUGUUUUCACAGGAGCCCAAACUAGACAAUCUAAACAACUUUUGAGUUUUUUUAAGGACUGAAAGCUAACACAGGUUCUCUUUCAUGUUUGGAAAGGGAGAGUGAGAUUAGGGGUAUUCAGCUGCAACAUGCAACUUCACAACUAGAUGUCACUAAAUUGUUUACACUGAACCUUUAAGGUGAAUUCAGGAGUUGAUAAUUAUCUUUUGGUUGAACUUAAUGGUUGAGCUGUAAUAAUCAAGAUGACUGCAAAUUAAUGGUAAAGUUGCUCUGUCUCUGGUAGCUAAACAAUCAUAUCAUCGUGGUAACUAAAAUGGUGAUGUCAAUGUCAUAAAAACCAUUGACAUUUUUGUAUAUUAUUAAGAUGCCCAGCUUUCUAUAUUAGAGGGAUUUGCUGUGUAUAUUUUUCAUCCCCAGACUGCAAUUCAUAGGGAAAUUCUGUUAAUCAGUAGUAACUUUGUGUAGUGUUAGCAACUGUAAAUGAAAUGAAAAUGUUUUUCAAAUGUAUGUUUAAUCAUUCAUAGAACAGAUUUAAGGCUAAUCUUUUCAGUCACAUAUAGUAAUGUAAACGGUGUAUGCCAUCGCACUAAUAUAAUGUAAGAUAGCUGCAUCUUGGAACAAUUGAGAUUGAAGAAUCUCACCUAUAAAUGUGACAUUAUAAUUUAAAUGGACAUUGCAUUUAUUUUUUUUUAAUUUUAGAAUGUUUUCAUGUCGUUGUGAAGCAGCAGCAGUGUUUUGCUUGAGGGGGCCAAAAUGACCGUUGUUAGUAAGUAAGAAAACCGCAUUACUGACUCUCUUACCCUGCCUUAUUUCCUUCUAGCUGCUCUAGGAGUUAACACAGUCAAUUUAUACCUUCUCCAAACCACCACUGGCUCAUUUUAGAGCUUAAUUUAGCAGUUUUCACGUAAACUGCUUCACUAUUAUCUUGCCUUAUAUGAACCUUCAAAAUAAUUUGGUGUUCUCCUAAAGCUGCAAUUCUUAAACAAUUCAAGCACAAUGACUGAAUAAUAUAUAUAAUUUUGUAUUUUUCCUGCUGCAAAAAAUAUGAGUGUGGCUGGAUAUCACUUUGAGGAAAGUUACUAUAUUGUAGACGAAACUUGCAGUAACACUGCAGUCUUGUCAGUGUGUGUCAAAUCCUGCCCCCUGCUGUAAAUAUGUUGAACUACCCAGACUGAGAGAAUGUAUUAUUACAUUUUCAUUUUCAGUGAUGUAAAUUCACUUUUAGGUCAACAUGUUGUAUUUAUGUUAUUAUAAGACAGGGCAUUUCUAAGUGUAUCUAAUGUGUUGAAAGGUUUUCAUCAGCCCACAGGGGACCACUUAAAGAUCAACUGUCACAAUGACAAGAAUAUACUUAAUGUAAUUGUCUUGAAUUUCAUUCAUUAUUUAAUGUACAACAAACCAUCAAUAUCGGCCUAUUUCACUGUAUCUGGACAGACAUUACUUCUUUCUGUGUGCGUGUGUGUGUGUAGGUUAGGUUUAGAUAUUCAGAGUUAAAUUACAAAGAAUAUUUUCCCUCACAAUCUCUUAUGACCUGACCCCUCAAUACCAUCCUUCCGUGUCCCUCAUGAGAUGUCCUUCUGUAACAUGGUCAAAUCUAUUAUAAUCUAUGUCAAUGCUCAUUUCACAACAUGCAUGAGUGUAUUUGCACGUAUAACAGAUUUGUCUUUUCUUCAUACUGCAAAUAAAUGAGUGAGGAACUA